AUGUCUACAAAAAAAGCUCCCUCAACAACACCACAACGUAAAAAGAUACAACUCAAAGUAGAUGAAAACAAUACUCCCGAAAGUGUAUUGGUGGAGUAUAUUCGAGUGGGACAAACGGAGGACAUUGAACAAUUAUUUAAGGAUUAUUUAAUCGAUCCAAAUUUUCCAAUUUACGACAAGUCUACCUCUACUACAAACGAUGCGGAAAAGGUAGUUGUAGACUACCCUUUUACAUUGGCAGCUCGGAAUCGAUUCAACGAUGUUGUACAGGUGCUGGUUAAAAACAAGGCCAAUAUUAAUUGUAAAAUCAAUGGAGAUAAUGUUCUUCAUAUAGCUGUUUCCAACAAUGACGAAAGCUUCCUUAGAGCAAUGCUUGAGGUGGAAGUUGUGCAUCCAACGAAAAAGGAAAUUGUAAAAAAAAUAGAUAUCGAUGGUAGGAAUGAUAAGAACUUGAGGCCAAUCGAUAUUGCUAUCAAUAAUAACUCUACCACUUUAAUCAAAAUUCUGCUGGAGCAUGGAGCUGAAUUCGAGUUUGAUGAGCCUCUCGAACAUUCCAAUCAUACACUUCUUCAUACAUCUGCCAUAGAAGGAGAUGUCAAGAGAUUGGCAUGCUUGUUGGAGUUAGGCCAGUCUCCUUACAAGAAGGACAUGACAACAGGUAGAAACAUUUUGCAUUUUGCUGUCCUUAAUAAUAGAAAAGAAUUUGUAGAAUAUUAUUUGAAAAUGAAACUGGAUGUAUCGUUGCUGUACUCUACCGACCUUAAUGGACAGACACCAAUUCACGAAUGCUGCAAUUUAGAAAACUGGGAAAUGUUGAAGCUAUUCAUGACAAAAUUCAAUUUUGAUAUUAAUUACUUGUUUCCAGAUGGUCUUUCUCUGCUCCAUAGAUUUGCAUUUAUGAAAAAACAAGACUUGUGUGACAAACUUGUUGGACUCAAGGCUAAGAUUAACAAUUUGGACAAGUUUGGUAACACUCCUUUGCAUUGGGCCUGUAGUUCAGGAUCUAUAUCGUUAACAACCUACUUUUUAGAGAAGAAACUAAGCUCAAAUGAUCAAAACUGUGUUGGGAAUUCAUGUCUACAUGUGUCAUGCUAUCAUGGCUUUGUGGACAUUACCGAGCUACUACUCGCAGACAAGAAAAUUCAAAUCAAUAUUUUGAACAAGGAUCAUCGAUCACCACUCAUGGAAGCAGUUUCAAGAGGUCAUUUAAAAAUUGUAGAGAUUCUUCUUUCUAAAGGAGCCAAUAUCCAUGAGGAGGACAAUAAGGGGAUGACCAGCCUUCAAAUUGCUCUCAACGAAAAACAAGAGGAGAUUGCCCUACUGUUGGUGAAGAAGGGAGCGAAAGUAGACCGAAAAUAUGUAGGCUAUGCCAGAGAAGACUCACUCAACGACCGAGAAUACAUGAUUCAAAAUCGUGUAGUAGAGAGCAAUGAGCAGAGUAUGGAGAAGCUUCGAAAGUCAGAUCUAGGGUUCAAUACUAUUUUACAACAAGCCAUUGUACUCGGGUUUUCAGGACUGGUCGAUGAAAUGGUCAAGCUUCCUGAAUGUCCACUCGAGGGUCCUGACGCCAACGGUGUGAAACCUCUUACGAAUGCCAUCAAGGUACAAAAUAUUAAGAUGGUUCGCUCACUGACAGGAACUGGUAAGGUAGAUGUAGCUACGAUUGACCCUAUUACGGGUUUUUCGCCACUUAUACUCGCUUGUAGUUUGGGUAAUUAUGAGAUUUGUGCUCAUCUCGUUUUGGAAUGCAAGGUUUCCACGAACAGUUGUGAACCUGCCACCAAUAAGACAGCACUUCACUAUGCGUGCCGUGUUGGAAAUCUAGAAAUGGUGAAACUACUUGUUGAUAAUGGCUCUCGAGUUGAUGAUGUCGAUCAUCAUCACCGAACGCCACUCUUUGAAGCCUGUGAGCAUAACCAUGGCGAUAUUGUCGAAUAUCUCAUCGAAAAACAAGCCAAUGUUGAGCACAAAGACGACGAAGGGCACACAUGUCUUCAUACAUGCUGCAAACAUGGCUCUGUCGCAUGUAUGACCUCACUCAUUGCAAGAGGAGCUGUUCUUAACUCGAAAGAUCUUGCAGGUAGAACACCCUUAAUCGUUGCGUCACAAUUCGGCCAAACAGAAUGCGGACGAGUUUUAGUUAAAGCAUUUGCAUCCAUGAAAAAGCACUGA